AUGAUCUACUUAAAGAGAUACGAUCAAUCAUAUGACCGAUUACGAGACCUCAUCGACAAAAUGUUAACGUCGAGAGGUCUUCAUAUGUUUGCACUUGUCGCUGGUAUUGUGACGUUAAUCAUCUACACUGUUGGUGAAGUGACCGAAUUUCUUAACUUAAGAAAACGAAGGUUCUUGUGUUGCUUUUUGAGUCUUAUUGCAGGAGCCUUUAUUCUAAUCGCGGAUUGCUAUAUGGGAACAUUAGGAGUGAUGCAUCCUGUCUGUAACUCAAUGUCUUUAAUUGCUGCUUUUUUCUUCGUCUUUGUCAGUGGAAAUCUCAGUUCUAUUAGGAAGAUACCAUUCUGUUCUGUUAUCUAUCUAUCUAUCUAUAUAUCUAUCUAUCUAUCUAUCUAUCUAUCUAACGCAGUCGAAUAUCUAUCUAUCUAUCUAUCUAUCUAUCUAUCUAUCUAUCUAUCUAACGUAGUCGAAUAUCUAUCUAUCUAUCUAUCUAUCUAUCUAUCUAUCUAUCUAUCUAUCUAUCGAAUAUCUAUCUAUCAUCGAAUAUCUAUCUAUCUAUCUAUCUAUCUAUCUAUCUAUCUAUCUAUUUUCAUCGUCUGCACAAGAAUCUCAGCUCCUUUUCUGUCGCAGCGCUGUCUCAGCAAAUGCCGUGAGAGACGGUUAGUGAUUUCUGCGCACGUACGUUUGUAUAAACUCGCUCCCCGCUCUCUCUCUCUCUCUCUCUCUCUCUCUGUAUAA